GACGCGCCAGACACAAGCGAUCAAGGAGCAUCUCCAGCUGCUGUUUUUGCAGAAAGCAGAAAGCCACAUUCAAAGUUUAUUUUUCAUGUUUAUGUUUAUAAAAAACUUAAACUUACAAAAGCAUCAUAAUUUAUCCUAACAAAAAAUUUUAUCAGUUCAGAGAUCUCUGAAAGAUUUGUUCAGUAUAUAAUAUUGAAUUCAAAUUCUCAUAACUUGAAGAAAACAAUAAUUAUUUUUCAUAACAAAUUAAUAUAACCUAAAACAUGGCAGAGGAAGGUGAUUUGAUUCCAGCAAUAACUGUCAAGGAACCUUUAGAUUUGAUCAGGCUGAGUCUUGAUGAAAGGAUCUAUGUCAAGAUGAGAAACGAAAGGGAACUAAGAGGAAGGCUUCAUGCCUACGAUCAGCAUUUGAACAUGGUACUGGGUGACGCCGAAGAAACAGUUACUACGGUUGAAAUAGAUGAAGAAACCUAUGAAGAAGUUUACAAAUCAACUAAGAGAAAUAUUCCGAUGUUGUUUGUGCGCGGAGACGGUGUGAUCUUAGUUUCUCCCCCUGUUCGUGCAGCAUCAUAGAUAGUAAUGCUUUUCGAAAUUAGCUAUGAUUAAAAAAAACUUGAUUUGAUUGAGGAUGAUUUAUUUAUGGUUAGUUGCUCCAUCUAAAUAAUAAUCUGGAACGAGAUUACGGUAGCAACUCCAACGUUGUCUUUCUCAAACCAUUAGUAAAAUAUUCUUGUAAGCAGUGACUUAUGAGCGUAAAGUAAAAUACAGUUUCCAGAUGAAAAUGUCACAGCUUCCAUUUCAAUGUAUGAGAUAAUGCUCUGUACCAUAGCCACCUCUAAUACCAGGCCCCGGCCGAUAUUGCAACGUCGCAGUGUAGGCCUAGAAUCUGAUACAUGAUUGGUGAAAAGAUCAGCUGGUAUUUAUAAAAAUCUUUUUCACCAAUCAUGUAUUAGAUUUUAGGCCUACAAUGCGACGUUGCAAUAUCGUAGGCCGGGGCCUUGUUUUAGAGGUGGCUAUGUCUGUACUGUUUGUAGCCUAGUUAUUGUGAACCACGAUUCAUUAUUUGUUCGUUAUUUUGUUAUAAAUUCAGUUUUCUUUUCUAUUAGGUAGUUAUUAUUUUGUAAUAAAUAAGUAUUUAUAUUUGAUAUUCUUCUACUUGGAAUUCUUAUUUAUUAGCUUCUACUCUACUUCCUCUUCUAAUUCAAGUAAAAUAUAAUCUUUUCUGAAAGA